CUGUGCUGUCCUCAUUAUUGACUCCACCACUGGUGGUUUUGAAGCUGGUAUCUCUAAGGAUGGUCAGACCCGUGAACAUGCAUUGCUUGCUUUCACGCUUGGUGUCAAGCAAAUGAUUUACUGCUGCAACAAGAUGGAUGCUACCACCCCCAAGUACUCCAAGGCCAGGUACGAUGAAAUCGUGAAGGAAGUUUCUUCCUACCUCAAGAAGGUUGGUUACAACCCUGACAAAAUCCCAUUUGUUCCCAUCUCUGGUUUUGAAGGAGAUAAUAUGAUUGAGAGGUCUACCAACCUCGACUGGUACAAGGGACCAACCCUCCUUGAGGCUCUCGACCAGAUUAAUGAGCCCAAGAGACCAUCAGACAAGCCACUCCGUCUCCCACUUCAGGAUGUUUACAAGAUUGGUGGUAUUGGAACUGUCCCAGUUGGUCGAGUAGAGACUGGCGUAAUCAAGCCUGGUAUGGUUGUUACCUUUGGCCCUACUGGUUUGACAACUGAAGUCAAGUCUGUUGAGAUGCACCACGAAGCUCUCCAGGAGGCACUCCCUGGAGACAACGUUGGGUUCAAUGUUAAGAAUGUUGCUGUUAAGGAUCUUAAGCGUGGUUAUGUUGCCUCAAACUCCAAGGAUGACCCAGCUAAGGGGGCAGCCAGUUUCACUGCCCAGGUCAUCAUCAUGAACCAUCCUGGCCAGAUUGGAAAUGGAUAUGCACCAGUGCUUGACUGCCACACUUCCCACAUUGCUGUCAAGUUUGCCGAGAUUUUGACCAAGAUUGACAGGCGUUCAGGUAAGGAACUUGAGAAGGAGCCUAAGUUCUUGAAGAAUGGUGAUGCUGGUAUGGUUAAGAUGAUCCCCACCAAGCCCAUGGUUGUUGAGACCUUUGCCGAAUACCCACCAUUGGGUCGUUUUGCUGUGAGGGACAUGAGGCAAACUGUUGCUGUUGGUGUUGUCAAGAAUGUUGACAAGAAGGACCCAACUGGUGCCAAGGUGACCAAGGCUGCCCAGAAGAAGGGAAAGUGAACAGUGUUGUGUGAUGCUAGUGUUUCCAAUGCUAUUUAUUUUCAUAAAGUGUGCUAUCUAGACUCUGUUUUGUUUACUUCUGCUAUAGUUUUGUCUUUGAUUUGCUUUUUAGGCUCUUGUUUUGUGCCUUGUAUGUCAUGUAACCAUUCUCAGAACUGGGUACUUGACAGGCGGUGGCGAGCAUGAUUUGGAGACUGUUGUCACUCUGUUGAGGUGCCUUGGUUUUCCAUGGUGCCUCAGGAUUUUUGCUUUUGGUGUUCGCCCAAGUUAUAUUUUAUAUAAGCCUUUUAAUUUCU